AUGUUGUUGUUGCUCAGAGGCAAAAACUCCAAGUCAACUACGACUUUGCGGGCAGUCCCAGCAAAUCCCGAAAACGAAAAAGAUGUACACUCGGAGGCACGGGAAUUAGUGCUACCAGAGUCCCUGUUCACUGAUGAUAUCAAGUCACCUUUGUCGAUAACUUCUGGCACAACUUUUCCAACAAAGUCCACAGCCAUAUGGCGCAAGAAGAACACAGCGAAGCCAACAGGAACCAAACGCGCUUCCAAAAAGUCGAAAUCAUUCGAUAGCCAGGCCUCGAUAAUCGGAACAUAUAAAGACGGCAAGAUUCAAUGGCAGCGAAGAGGCGAGAUUGUUACUCUCGACAGCCACAAGAAUACCAAAGGCACAAACGGGCAGGAGAAAUCUAAGAUGCCUGCAACAAUCCCCAGCGGGAGAUGUGACCAGCCGCUUCCGCCACUCCCGUUCUUCGAAGCCACUUUUGGUGAGCUGAGAAGCAGAUAUUCUAUCUCGCCCCCAUUAGCAGGCGACAGAUGCAGGUGGGCCCAGUCGCAGGCGUCGCUUACUUCACAGCACUCAAGACGUACGACUAGUCAAACUUCUCCUGCAAGAUCUCCCAAAUCACGGCACACCAAGGGUGCGGCUGGAAUUGUACACACGUCAAUUUAUAGUUGCUCGGUUUAUUCCCAAGAGAGCGAAGUGUCGUCAUUACGCAGCUACCGGUCCUCAGAGACAAGCUUCGAAGCCGACAACCCCCCAAAACAAGGAAAGCCGGACGCAGCGAUAAACAACAAGGAAGGCCAACGAAAAGCGCCGCCAACCGAGCCGCCCCGAAGAUAUAUGCAUCAGCCCUCCAGCUCAGAGGGUGCAAUCUUUCGAGCUACUACCCAUGGCACUCAUGCAUCCUGUAAUACCCCGCAUAACGCCGAAGCAUGCGAACCAAAAAUAGAGCGAAAGUCCUCCAAACGGAAUAGUCCGCGGCGACGUCCAGCCCCGAGCCCGCGUCUUGUCUUACAGACACAAGCCACUCAUCACAGCGAGACCAGGCAUUCGUCGGUCAUCGAGCGAGGGCCUUGCAGCCCCACUCUUAGCGAGGCCGAAUGCGACCUGCAUCAGCAAUUGGCUUCAUUCGAGAGCAUUGGCGACCUUGGGGCGGAAUUUGAUCAAGAUAGGACCCCCCUUGCAGAAGCCAAUCUUUUCCAGUGGGAUGCACUUCAACCUUCAACUGAGGGCGAUAAUGUACAGAUGUCUCUCACAGAAUUGGCACCGAGUGAUCAACUCAGUGCUCCGCCUCCCUUGCCUCGCAAAUCCAGUAAACGCCAGCCAGCGAACUGGAACAUGAAAUUAUCUCGCCUUCCACACAACCACAUUGCUUCACAGGUCCGACGAGGGCGCUCCAAGGCGAGCAAGACGCUAACACUCAUAAUCCCAAAGUACAGGAGGACAAGCGCAGACAUGGUGCUGUCCCAGGUCCCAAAUCCACGAAACGAUACCAAUGCGACUGAAAGAAACACAACCGACCCGAUCAUCUCGCCCGCUGGAGCCGAGUCUCUCAUCCUGAACAUCUUGCAGCACCUAAGUCACUUUGACGAUCUUUUCGCUGCUGCUCUUGUCAACCAUGGCUUUUACCGAGUUUUCAAGCGCCAUGAACUCGAUCUCAUCAAGUCGACUCUGCGAGCCAUGUCCCCUCCGGCAUGGGAAUUUCGGGAAAUUGCGUUCCCUGGCCAUGACAGUUUGCACGCACACGAUCUCGAGAUGACUCGGCCCGAAGAGGAAUACUCUCCUACGUCGUACCUGCGGCUCCAGAAACAAGACAUUCAAGUGAUCCGCGCCAUUAAGCUGGAGAUUUUGGAAAAGUGCCAGUCGUUUGUGCGACCAGAGAUAUCGAUUGCGCUUAUGAGUACGAAUCCAUCAGAGUCGGCUAGGGUAGACGAUGCGCUAUGGCGCAUAUGGACAUUUUGCACAAUUUUCGGCUCAGGCAAAGGACGAGAGGAUGACCUUGUUGCGCAAAUGGAUUGGCUGAAUGGAGGAACAAUGGCCCAUCAGGAAACUUGCACUUUCAGCAUCUCGGGCACGGAUUUCAUGAAUGAUACGCUCGUCGGUGCUUCUGAGAGUUUUGGCAAGGGCAACGAAGGCGGGCUCAGUGCCGAGCAGCUCUUUGACAUUAUGGAGUUAUGGAACUGCUUAGCAGUACUCUUGCAAAGCUUCGAAGGCCGAACAGUCCAAGCACGCCAGGCAGGAAUAUACGACGCUACAGAAAUUCGAGGCGGAGAUAUUGAUGGUGAAGAGAUGAUGCUUGAUGAAUGGUGUUACUACCUUAUGACCUUUGGUCCAGCCGCUGUCCUGAAACUAACUGGACCCUACCACCCCUCCAAUCCCAAAGGCUUUACAAUUGCUGCCGAGAACGGCUGGGUCAACUGGAAGCCCCCGAAUCCCGGAAAUACCCGUCGCAAGUUUCUCCGGGAAGCCGCUUCCCGUAUCUACGAAGACAAGAUAGCAAACACCUACGCAAAGAUCUCUACCCGCGACGUCCAGCGCGAGCAAUCGAAGAUGCGCAUCCAAAAGCACAUUAAUGAACUGCAUCAACGCAAAAUAAGCGGUGAAACUGGCCCGAUGAUUUCCAUGUCGCAAGAACGACCCAUGUCGGACUGGGAUACAGUCCUCAGGAACUUGACUCGUCCUCCGAUUCCUAAACAAGGCCCAACAGGCGAUAUUAUCACUCAUGUACCUGGUCUCAAAUCAUCAGUAGCAAUUCCCAACGAAGGCUACUCUAUAUCGGAGCUCCCAGCAACAAGAACCCCUUCACCAACUCAAAGGAUAGUCGCUCGACCGCUGCUACCGACGCCAGCACCCUCGACGAUACCUGCUCUCGACCAACGUAGUGUAGUCUCAGGCCUGCCGUCCGCCGAAGAAAGUGUAGUAUCGCCUCAAUGGAGAACAGCAGCGAGGCCUCUUCUCCCAUCCCCAUCAAUAUCCACCUUCCGGAGCAACCGCGACCUGUAUACCCUGGACGCCAUCUCUAGCAUUGGUUCACCGACCCGCCGCAUGAUCGCAGAGCCUCUCCUCCCAACCCCCUCAACCACGACAGCAUCCAACACACGCGACUGGCAAGCUGGCGGCAUAGGCAUCUCGAUGCCUUCAAUCCUCGAAGACGCACCUUCUCACCACCCUCUAUCUCCUGUGCAAGCCCGACCCAACCAUCUUGUUUUCCAUCAACGCAAAGAGAGCCGCGACAGCGACCUCAGCUCAUCCGCCAGUCCCCGAAGCGCAAUCUUCCAGCAGCACGAGCGCCAGCACUCCAUCUACUCGAGCCCCAGCCACGAGAACACGGCUGAAAAAGCUAUUUACCGCAUCGUAGAAAUGGGAUUUACGCCCGAGCAAGCAAGAGAGGCGCUGCGCAUGACGGAUCUCGGGUCUGGACUCAGAGUUGACUGCGCAGUAGAGUUGCUGCUUAGCCGACAGGCAUAA